UGUCACAAUUGAAGUUUAAAAGAUUAAAAAUUGAAUUGAGAGUGAAAGAACAAUUGUAACAGAAAGUGUCGAUGGGUUUAUCUUGCUACUUGUCAGUAAGAGCAUUUGGGGCAUCUCUGCUUAGAUUCUCAAAUGGGGUUUUGCUUAAACCUCCUAUCUCUUUCCCUCUUCAAGGUAGCGAUUUGAUUAGCAGGAAGAUAUGUUCUCCACUAUAUAACUCGUUUUCUGCAAAUGGGGUUCAUUCAUUUGAGCUUCAAUCUGCGAGAAAGAUUUGGACUUCAGGUCCUCUUUGUAUGGGAAGGCGAUCCAGCAAAAUUGCAGGAAGAAAGGGGGCUCAGGAUGCUAAGAAGGCAAAGUUGUAUUCAAGAAUAGGGAAGGAAGUUAUAUCUGCUGUUAAGAAAGGCGGUCCCAGUCUAGUAUCAAACAAGGCAUUGGCAGAUUUACUCGAGAAAUUUAAGGAGCUUGAUGUACCCAAAGAAAUAUUCGAGCGCAAUGUUAAGAAAGCUUCUGAAAAGGGACAAGAAGCUUAUAUUGAGAAAGUUUAUGAGGUCUAUGGAUAUGGUGGAGCUGGAAUUAUAGUUGAAGUUCUGACUGACAAAGUUAAUAGAUCAGUGGCACUUGUCAGAGAGGUUGUGAGGGACUGUGGUGGAAAGAUGGCAGAUCCUGGAUCCAUUAUGUUUAAGUUCAGGCGUGCUCGAGUUGUCAACAUUAAAGCCAAAAAUGCUGAUAAAGAUCAGCUCCUUGCUGUUGCUUUAGAUGCUGGUGCUGACGAUGUCAUUGAACCUCCAAUUGAUGAAGAGGACAAUGAGGAAGAUCUAUCUGAAAGAUACUAUAAAAUUGUAACCUCCACAGAAAAUUACACAGCAAUAUUAUCAAAACUACGCGAGGAAGGAGUAAAUUUUGAACCAGACAAUGGGUCUGAACUUCUUCCACUAACUACAGUCGAGUGAUCAGCGGCAGUGUAACUCUUCACGUUUUGUACCAGCUCCUGGUCAUCCCAAUACCUUCUUGGCCAUGGGAGAAGGGCGUGUUGUAUAUAAUCCUAAAGUCACAAGGGCCUUUCUAUGCACAGUGUUUAAGUUAUGAAUGGUUUAUAGUGUCAUUUCGUGUAAACCAUCCUCCAUCUUGCUCCUUGUCUAUUCCUUCAACAUUAUGUUAUCAUACAAGUUAAAAAUGCAAUCUUCCCUAGAACUUUUUCGAUUUCUGGUCCCCAUCAUAAUUGAAAGCUUGAGGAAUGUGUUUAUUAAGUACACAUUGUAGUCUACACCGCCUGGGAUUAUGUAACUUUUAAUUGUACUACGAUUUAUUAAUUUACUAACUCUGAAUCGUCACAUGCUAUACAACUUUGGAUGUUGCAACUUGGCAUUCUAAAACAGUUGUUAAUGUAUAAACUUACAGUAUUGCUCUUGUUGUAAUCUCCAUCUGUACAGCAUUGCACCUGAACAAUUUUGAGUUCGAACUAUGCACCGUACCAUACAUUUGCAGAUCUUGUGCAUAAGAUUACUAUUGUGGUUCUAUACUAGUUAUGAUGCCAUUUAGGGUCCUUAGUCCUUACUGUUUUAAUCAUUUGAACUGCAAACUGACUGUCAAACUAUC